GCGGUAUACGGUCAAGUGGAGCUAGGCGCUAUAGUGUGUAGGGGGAGAAAAUUUACAUCUCUAUCUCUGCAAGUGUACUAUGACAUAACAUUUCACGGCGAAUUCUGUGUAUAAUAGAAAUCCAGUUGAAAUUUUCUACUCGACAACAUCAGAGAAGAGAGAGGAAAACGUGUUUUAUUCACACGAAAACACCGGAAGAAAUACAUACGUUGCAUUAAACCGUGAUACAGACAUGAUGCUAAGAACACUUACGGUUCUCACCUGCUGUUUGGUAGCUGCUGCUUUCACGCUUCCUUUGAAAUCGGACAGUAAGGACACGUUGACAUCAAGACACAAGCGUUCAAGAUUUGGUGUUUGGGAUCCCUAUGGACACCGGAAAAGAUCUAGAGUAGACUUUUUUGACAAACACGACUUCAAUUUUGAUGGAUUUUUGGACAAAUUAGAACUUUCACUUAUGUACCUUGCAAAUGGUGCUUCUUGGGACGAAGCAUUAAUGUUCGGAGAACAGCAAUUACGUCACGACCUUGAUCACAAUGGAGUUUUAGACCGAUGGGAAUUCCUUCGAGAUAAUGACCUGAUGCCUUAUUGGCCGUACUGAGAACAAACCCUCGAGAAAACGAAAUGCUGAGACUGUCGGAACAGAAUCAGGAUAUAUAGUCAGCAUGUGAUACCAACAGACUCUAUGGGAUAGAAAAGCAAACAUGGUUCAUGUGUUUCACUUUGUAUGAAUGGGAGACAAUACUUGCCAACUUCACACAAAAAUGUCUUCUGCACGGGAUCCGAGAAAAAAGCAAAAAAGACAAAAAAAAUUUAAAAAUACAAAUAUAUAUAUAUAUAUAUAUAUUUAUGUAUAUAUAUAUAUAUAUUCUCCGCAAAGGACUUUUCCGAACUGUGGAAAUACAACUGAAUGACAUGUCUUUUGAUGUUCAUUUCUUUGAUUUCUAGUGAUAAAUAGGUAUUAUGUUGGUAUGUCUAAUGGGUCCAGCUGUGCGAAGCUUUGAUGGCUAGACGUAAUCUUAAUAUCUUUUCAAAACAAAAACGAGAAAAGAUUUGGAAAUUCCUAAAUUUAAGCACUUUUUGGUAACAAGUGUUGAACAUUAAUCGUGUAUCAUUAAUAUUUUUAUUUGUAAAUGACAAAAAAUGAAUAAAUAAAUGAAUAUUUAUCAAAAUUUAAUAAAUAGAUAUAUAUUUAUCAAAAUUUAAUUAAAAAGAUAUUUAUAUCCAUAAGUUAAGAGAGCAUUAGCUUUACCAAGCUUUCACCAACUGGGCCACGGUGUCGAUAAACAAAGUGCCUAUAUGAAGCCCGAUCACUUCCGGUCUUCUGAAUGAACUUCCGCUUGUUUUAUUUCUUCCUUAAUUAGAAAUUCAAGACGAAUCUCGUGAGCAGCACGCUUUAUGAGUGAUGUUUUUUUCUAAUAAAUAGAGAAAGGUGUUUAUAUCAGUAAGUAAUUAUUUCUAAAAUCCACAUAAAAUACUUUGAUAUUUAUUAUAAUUGCUGCGUAAUUACGUGUACAGUGUAAUAUCGCUUGCAGCUUAAUGUUAAAUCAAAGUUUACUAUAUAAAUAAAUGCUUUUCUGUGCGAUAGGUAUCUUGUCUAUCGUUAUGAAACUGAUUCCAGAGUAGGUGUAAAAUAUUACAUUCGAUUUGUGUGUGUGGGAGGUCUGGAGAUAUAACAAAUUUUUUUCAUGUAGGCAUUUAUUUUCAUUUCACAUGGCGAUUUUUUUCUUUUUUUUCAAAUUUUUUUUUUUAUUAUAAUCAUUAUUUCAGAGUACAAACAAAUGUAAUUAUAUAUGUUGAAUAUUGACAAAUCAAAAGAUGUGUAUUAUUCAACCAAAGAUAAUUAUUUAUUUUGUGUUGUAAUUAUAUGAAAAUAGAUGUUUAUCAGUAUGAGGUGUAUACAGAGCGGUGUAUAAAAGAUUGUAUUUGAUUACUAAAUCAAAACACCCAUUUCAUUAAAUGAUAGAUGUGUAACACAUUUCACAUCUUGGAAUUUUAAGAAACACAGGAAUGAUAAUAGUUUGUAAAUUUAAAGUUGUCCUUGAUAAAUUCAUUUCAAUUAAGAAAAAAACCCGGAGCAUAUUGCUUACUUCCUUAGAAAUUAGAAUAAAGUGUGCGCAUGGACAUAAUUAUUGAAACGUUGUGUUUAUUUCCUGUCAAGAACUGCAUUAUUACUGAAUACACGACGGAUUUUUCAAGGAAAGUAACAAGUAUUGGUAUCAUUAUAAGAUAAAAGCAAUUCAUUGUCCCUGUGUGAUUUUUAAUAAUUAAGCCCUAUAAAAACGCAACGUUUAAUUCCAGUAUUUAUCAGUACACGGACAGCAAGGUUUCUUGAUAGCGUUGAAAAGUGUCACGAUGCUGUUCAAAUCAGCUAACGUCAGUUUUGAUCCAGAGAACAAUUUGUGUCCUAAUAUCUGUCCAUUGUCAUUGUUUCUCCUAUUGGAAUUUUCGGUUGAUUGUAAGAAAAAUGAUCAGAAGAAGAGAUGUACAUAUUCCUUGCCAUAUUCCUAUCAUGAAUUUCGAUAACCGCAUGAAAUGCAACACAAAGCAGCGAAAUACUGCAAUGAAGGAUAUAUGUCUAAAAAGGCUUCAACACUGAAGAAAUGAUAGCAGGCUACAAGAAAUCUGAUUGAUGUCAUCGCAUCAGAGAUUGAUUUAAAUGGCCGAUUCUUCUUCUAAAGAUGGACGAAAAAUCCAGAGUGGUAAUUGGCAAAUAACCCCCAAAUACAAAUACUGAUUGAAAAGGGAGAGUGAAAGUGAAUGAUUAUGAGCAUUGCGCAAAGUCGAAUAUGAAUGCGUUUUGAAAGAGGUCGAUAAGUUUACCCAUUUUGUUUUUUUGUGUUUGUACUCAACUGAAAUUGUAUUCAACAAAAUAUCGCCUUUCCAUAAAUUUUAGUUGUAUCUUUUGUUCAUAUCUCUAUCUGUUGGUUUAAUUUGUUAUAUUUCUUUUAUGAAAAGUUGAGUGUUACUAGAUGACAAAAUCGUUACUAUUAAAUAUUUUCGGAAAAAAAUCUGUAUGUCUCUUUUAUUCUAUUACGUAUUAUGAAUGAUUACGAAUAGGUCACACACUGAAUGGAGCAGUUUAACUUUCAUGUUGUUGAUGUGCCUGAUUACUAUUUCUACUCGCACUGUU